UUUCACAGGGUUUUCAAGAAGACCAGUGGAAAUGGAGGGCUGACCCUCUAUCUUGGGAAGAGAGACUAUGUGGACAACGUGACCGUUGUGGACAAAGUUGAUGGUGUUGUGAAGCUGGACACAACAGAUUUUGCAGACAGAAAAGUGUUUGUGCAGCUGGCAUGUGCCUUCCGGUAUGGUAAUGAAGACCUGGAUUUUAUGGGUCUGUGCUUCAGGAAGGACAUCUGGAUCCAGCAUUACCAGAUCUACCCCGCAGACCACAAGCCUGCCCUGUCUGCCAUGCAUGAAACCCUGCUGAAGAAGGCUGGAGACAACGCAUAUCCUUUCACUUUUGAAAUUCCCACCAACCUGCCAUGCUCAAUCUCUCUGCAGCCUGGACCAGAUGACAAGGGAAAGGCUUGUGGUGUCGACUUUGAGGUCAAAACUUACCUUGCCAAGGAAAAGAGCAACCCUGAUGAGAAGAUUGAAAAGAAGGACACUGCUCGCCUUGUCAUUCGUAAAAUCCAGUACGCUCCCUCUCAGGUGGGCGCCGGGCCCAAGGCUGAAAUCUGCAAAAGCUUCAUGAUGUCUGACAAGCCUGUUCAUCUAGAAGCUUCCCUGGAGAAAGAUCUCUACUUCCACGGCGAAUCAAUCCCAAUCAAAGUCAAAAUCAACAAUGAGAGCAACAAAACAGUCAAGAAUUUAAAAAUCACUGUGGACCAAGCCACAGACAUCGUCCUCUAUUCAGCAGAUAAAUACACCAAGGCUGUUCUCAACCAAGAGUUUGCAGAGACAGUGGAGGCCGGUUCCACCUACGACAACACUCUGAGCAUCACACCCUUACUGGCUGAAAACAAGGAGAAAAGGGGGCUGGCACUGGAUGGACGACUGAAGGAUGAGGACACUAACUUGGCCUCCACCACUGUGCUGCGACAGGGCAUUGAAAAAGAAAUGCUGGGAAUCCUGGUUUCCUAUAAGAUUGUAAUUAACCUCAUGGUGGCCGGAGGAGGCCUGCUGGGCGGCCUCACUGCCAGUGAUGUUACAGUGGAGCUGCCAUUGAUUCUCAUGCACCCUAAACCCCAAGUGUCUUGA